ACUUGUAUUUCAGAAUGUGUCAAGAACAUUUUGACAAGCUGCUGACAUUAGUAGGACCAAGAAUUCAGAGACAAGACACAAAUUUCCGUCAAUCUAUCAGUCCUGCUCAAAGGCUGGCAAUUACAUUAAGAUUUUUGGCCACUGGAGAAUCAUAUUCAAGUAUCGGUUUGGCAUUCCGUUGUGGUAGAACAACAGUUGGACAGAUCAUUCCAGAUACUGCAGCAGCACUGUGGGAUGUUUUGUGGCCAGUAUACAUGCCUGUUCCAAACCUGGAAAUGUGGAAGAAAAUCUGCUUUGAGUUCUGGGAGAAAUGGCAGUUUCCCAUGUGUAUAGGGGCAAUGGAUGGAAAGCAUGUGUAUAUUCAAGCACCACCCAAUGCUGGAUCCAUGUGGUACAACUACAAGGAUUCCAACUCCAUUGUACUGCUGGCACUUUGUGAUGCUAACUACAAAUAUAUCAUUGUUGAUGUAGGGGCAUACGGAAAACAAAGUGAUGGUGGAGUUUUUUCUGAAAGUAGUUUUGGGAAGGCAAUUAUUGCUGGAAAUGCUGAUUUGCCUCAUGCAUGCAAGAUACAGGGGACAUCCAUUGCUGUUCCACCUGUUAUUGUUGCUGACGAAGCAUUCCCACUACUCAAAAACCUCAUGAGGCCUUUCCCUAAAAAAGAAAUUAAGGAAGAUCAAAUCAUCUUCAACAGAAGACUAUCAAGAGCUAGGCGGAUCUCUGAAAAUGUGUUUGGCAUCUGUUGUGCAAAAUAGAGAGCAAUUUUGGAUUCAUUGUACAUGCAUCCAGAUAAUGCAGAAACUGUAGUAAAAAGCAUUUGUGCAUUGCACAACUACAUCAGAGUAGAGGAAGCUAUAAUGGAACCGGAGAGAAGAAGGUACUGUCCUCUUGGCUAUAUGGAUAUGGAGGAAGCAAAUGGAAAUAUAAUAUCUGGACGAUGGAGGCAAGAAGUGGAUGCAGAUCGUGUCCAUGGAUUAUGUAGGCAGGGUGCCAAUAACUAUAGUAAAGUAGCAGAUCAAACAAGAGAAACUUUUAUGAAGUAUUUUACAUCAAAUGAGGGCAAGGCACAUUUUGUUGAAAUGACACAUUUAUUGUAUAAAAACUUUUAAUUUAUUUGUUUAAUAAAGUGCAUUUAGUUAAUGCAAAACAGUUUUAAAA